AUGGAGACCAAAUCCGGCGUCGGUAUACAAGACCACUGGAUGAAGAGUAUGAUGGAGCCAGCGUCCAGCGACAAACAAGAUAAUCGUUCAUCUGUAAAACGCGAGAAAAUGGCUGAAGCUUACAACGGUGGUGAAAAUGUAACUUACGAAAUGAAGCAGCAGCAGAACGAUACGAGAUACCGAUGCGACGUAUGCGAUCUGACAUUCGAAGGUAUGGAGUACUUGAUACUUCAUAAAAAAUUUCAUGGCAAUGACAAAGACUCUCCCAUCAUGGAGCCCGACCCUCCCCCGGUUAAAGAAGGCCCUAAGAAGAGACGGAAGUUCAAGUGUGAUCAAUGUGAUGUUAAAGUCAAUUCCCAGUACCAUCUCGAUAUUCAUAGAAGUAAACAUGAAGGUGUUUUAUCCAAGAAGUACAUAUGUGAAGUCUGCGACCGCAGUUUUGUCGCUGCCCAGUUCCUUAAAAGCCAUAUGCAAACUCAUUCAGCUACAAGUACUAUUAAUUGUGAGAUAUGUAACAAAAGUUUUACUGGCCAAGCUUAUUUGAAGCUUCACAUGCAGUUACACAAUGAUAUUAAAAAAUUCAAGUGUUCUAAGUGCGAUGAUAUGUUACCCACAAAAAAUUGUUUGAAAAUCCAUAUGAAAAAGCAUUCUAAAGUUAAAAAUUUCAAAUGUGAUUGCUGCAAUAAGCUUUUUGUAUCUAAAAUAACAAUGGAGAAACAUAGACAAACGCAUGAAGGGCAGCCCAUAGACUGUCACGUGAAGUGUGCACAGUGCGACAGGACUAUGCACGCCUCCUUGCUAAGAACUCACUUAACGCGCGCUCAUCCUUCCAAUCUUGACGAUGAUGUGAAGCGUCCACAUAAAUGUACAACAUGUGGCAAAAGCUUCAUUGUCAAAAUUAAUCUUAAUCUUCAUAUCAGAGUUUGUCACCCAGAUCUAGCGGAACCAGAAGAUGAGGAAGAAGAGAUCAUGACAGAUAACUCUUAG